CCUGUCGACAGCACGAUCAGUCUAGGGAAAUUUGUCAACAACAGGUUGAGUCUAUCCUGGCCGUUGUUUCAACCUCACCCGGCUGCAUCUCCUGGUCAAAUGAAGCGAGACUCGCCAUGCUCCCUGGGAUAUAUCACUUCAAACCCAGUCCCAAUGUGCAGAAUCCGAUCUCGUCCUUGAACGCGUCCAUCCUAGCCUAAUAUCGCAUCUCUGACGCCUUUUUACGACCUCUCUGAUACUCAAUAUGAACUUCUCUACGACCCCUCACGAUGACAUGACCAACAACUACUUCCGCGGCCUCCUCCGGAGCCCCCGGGCAUUCCCCCCAUUUGGCUGCUCCCCCGCCUCCAAACGGCCCAUCCCCAGCACCCUCGUCUCCUUGUUCCACGAGCGCAAAGUCCCCAGGGAGCUGUCUGAUCCGGACCUCACCUCUGACCAGGAGUGCGUCCUGAUCGGCCUCCGCAGCAGCUGUCGCAUCCACUACGAUCUCGACCUGCCCAAAAGUCUCUGGAUCGACAUCUCCAAAGACCUCUACCGCAUCACAGACCUCUUCUACCACUGGACGUUAUGUCGCCAGCGUCUCCGCCAGAACAUCGCCUCCUCCAAGAAACAAAGAAUCUCCCCCCAACCCGGACACAGCCCUAUCCACCCCCACCCCCACCAUCAUCCGCUAGACGAUGUCACCACCGCCAUGGCAGAGUUCAUGGCAGACUGCGACCACCACCUCCAAGCACAAACAUACCUCAUCCAGCAGCGCCUCGACCCCGAAAGCGACUACUGGGCCACCCCCGGCCCGAGUCAACCCACCACAGACAAUCAUCAUCAUAAUAUCAACCACGGCCCCCCAACCCCAGACAGCACCGACCGCUCCUUCGCCGCAUCUCCCUCCAUCCCAGCCGCAACAAGACACUGGCUCCGCCGCCCUCAAGACCUCAAAUUUCCCAGCCGACCCCCUAGCCGAAAACGGCCGCGCCAGGACGACAGCAACAGCGUCCUCGGCCGGCCCGCGCAGCGCGCGCGCCUCGACUCCCCCGACAGCGACCUCGCAGACGACGAGUCGGACUCUCCGCGCGACGCCCACGACGCCUUCGUGCGCUCGUUUGAGCCUGCGUUUGCCCGCUUCAGGGAUGAUCUCGCGCCUCUGUUCCGGGGCAAACAGCGCCGCACGCAGGUGGAGGCGGAGUCGAUUAUGCGGGAGAUGUUUAGGGAUGUGGGGUUGGCGGUUAGUAGGGCUGUUUUACGAUGUCAUGAGAAUCAGACUUGUUGAUGGUGAGGUGGGUGGGUUUUGUAUAUGAAUUUCUUUUUGCCUUUUUCUUGGAUAUGUUUGAUUGAGCUUUCUUGUUUAUUACUUACUUUUUGGAUGAUGUCUUUCUUCGUGUUGUACUUUUUAUUUGUUUGUUGUAUCUAUAAUACUUGUCUUGGUUACUGUAUAUAGAGAGCUUCGCCUUAUGUUUUUUCUUUAUCAGCAUCCACUGAAUGGAUGCUGUGGAGCUUUGAAUACGAC